CGUCACAAGCCUUCCUGGAACGGCGUAUAAUUGAAUUGCGGCAGCUCGGUUCCUUUCAAUCUGUUGUCUCUCAGCCCCCUCCUGCUGCACGAAGCAUGGAUUCUCAGCUCUGCAAACUCUUCAUCGGUGGUCUCAAUCUGCAGACAACAGAGGCAACUCUUCGGGAGCACUUCGAGAAGUUCGGGGAGCUGACGGACUGUGUGGUGGUGGUGAACCCGCUGACAAAACGCUCCCGAUGCUUCGGCUUUGUCACUUACGCCAACGCGGCAGAAGCUGAUUCCGCCAUGGCGGCGACGCCACACGUGCUGGAUGGCAACAAUGUGGAAUUGAAAAGGGCCGUGGCAAGGGAGGACGCCGGUAAACCGGGUGUGCACGCCAAAGUGAAAAAGAUUUUCGUUGGCGGUAUCAAAGAGGACUUGGAGGAGGAAGAUCUCAAUAACCACUUUUCACAGUUCGGGGAGAUCGAUAAGGUGGAGAUAAUUGCAGAUAAGCAGUCUGGCAAGAAGAGGGGCUUCGGGUUUAUAUAUUUCUCCGAUUACGACUCUGCGGACAAAACGGCGGUCAUCAAGUUCCACACCAUCAACGGCCACCGCGUAGAGGUGAAGAAGGCCGUGCCGAAGGAUGAGCUUGGCUCAGGGAGGCCUUCAAGGGGCGGAGCACGUGGAGGAGGUGCGCGAGGAGGCCGUGGAGGUGCACGCGCUCAGAACGGCGGUGGCAACUACGGUGGUGGCUAUGCUGGUGGCUACGGCACUUUCGGACAGUCCUAUUUUGGUAACUCUUCUUAUUCUGGUUACUCUGAUACCAACGGGCUGGGUAGCUAUGGUCAACAGCAGUCCAGCUACGGCCCCAUGAAAGGGGGUGGCUAUGCCGCUAGGAGCUUCAGCAGUGGACCUUACCGAGGGGGCUAUGGAGGCGGUUACUUUUAAAACCUCAAUGUGACUGCAAGCUCAAUGUCAUGUCAGAUGUGAACUGUUAUUCCUGAACUGGUCGUCUUAUCCUAUUUUUUAGUACAUGUUUUAAGUUUUGCUUCAACCGCCCUUAUUCGCGAGACACGUGCAAAUUGAGGGACACUUUGUUCCUCUGUACAGUUUAUACCCGGACUGGUUACAUUUUGUAAGGCCAAAUGUGGUUUAUUCGACUUUGAAUUCACUGUAAAUUGUUUUUACUUUUUAUUUUUAAAUAAAUUUCGUGUUCAUGUUUCUCAGA